AUGGACCACUCGUACCCCAACAACCCAAAUCACAUGGACUUCCGGCCAAACUCGACACUAAACUCCCUCGACAGGAAACCCUCUGCCUUUUCCUUUGACGACAACUCCACUCUCGACUCCAACAUCCUGGACACACCCGUCCUGAUGUCGCCCACCUCGAGCACCCAGGGCAUCUUCUCGCCCGACACGUCCAUUUGGGAGGACUUUUCCUCAAACCCCCAGUUUGUCGACCGCACUGCCACCAGCUCCGUCGUCAACACAAACGGCAACAACCCCUUCUUCACUGAGCAAAGCAACAACCCCUUUGCCCGCCUACCCCCCAACCAAGCUGCCACCUACGGCCAGCAGUCAUGGCCCGUGACCGACAACUCUGGAUCAAGGACGCCCACGGCCCCCAAGCCGCUGAACCCCUUUGGCCCUGGUGACUUUGGUGCUGCCUCGUUUGUCGACCAGCAACAGAUGCCCUUUGGUCUUCCCGUCCACCAGAACGUCCGUCCCAGCGCCGUCUUCCCCUCGGCCCCAGAGCAGCCCAUGUCCCCGCACACCCACUCCGACUGGAUGGCCUUCAACCAGCAGGAGAUGGACGCACGGCCCGGCCCCAAGCGCAUGAGGCCAAACACGCCUCCCCGCUCCUUCUCCCCCCGCCGUGACGGCGGCAUCAGGAAGAAGAACGCCCGGUUCGACAUCCCCCAAGAGCGCAACCUCUUCAACAUCGAUCACCUGAUCCAGAGCUGCACCAACGAGGAGGAGCUCAAGGAGCUCAAGCAACAAAAACGACUUCUUCGCAACAGACAGGCCGCACUUGACUCUCGGCAACGCAAGAAGAAGCACACAGAAGAGCUCGAGGAAGAGAAGAAGCAAUGGAUGGAGAAGAUCUGCCAGAUGCAAGACGACUUUGCCGCCAUGCGCAUCGAGUAUGACGCUCUCGUCGCCGAGAAGGAGAACUGGCACCGCGAGUCCAUGGAGAUGCACCACCUCGUCAACCAGCUGCAGUUCGACAAGGAGGAGCUUGUCCGCACUCACACCGUCGAGACUGGUGAGCUCCGCAAGAAGGUCUCCGUCCUCACUGAGCGUCUUGAGGCUGCCACCGGCAACGGUAUGGCUGUCGCACCAAGCACCACCUUCACCGACUUCGCCUCAGAGAUGGACAACCUCAACAUGGGCAACAGCGACUGGGACAACUACAUUUUCGUCAACGACUUCGCCUCUGACGACCAGCCCACUCCCCAGCAGAACCAGGAGCUCUCUCUUGUGUCCCGCACCAAGGACGAGGACAAGCCCGUCGCUUCUGGUCUCUUGCUCAUGCUCUUGCUCUGCGGUGCCUUUGUCGCAAGCAAGUCCGGCGGUGCCGCUCCUCCCAUCCCUCGCAUGCCUGAUGAGGUCCGUGCUGCCUCAGCUACUGUUCUCGACAGCAUCUUCAAGGAUGCUGGUGUCUCGACUACCCUCAGCGAGCAAGGCCUCAUUGCCAACCACGUCGUCGGCAUGGAGCCUACUCCCUCUGGUAUGGCAUGGCCCAAGACGACCAUGUCUGGCUCUGAACUCGCUGGCAUCUCUGGCUCCCUCGACCAACUCCACUCGCAUCUCACUGGCCCCACAAAGGAGCAAGAGCACGAGCAGCUCUUCUCCAUCACUCCCGACCAGUACAACAGCAUGACCUCUCUCGACUUCACUCGCUCGCGGUAUAGCGUCUCAAGCGACGACCUCAGCGACCCUCUGUCCCCUGGCUCUCAACCCUCGCACCGUCGCAACCUUGCCGAGACCCUCGCCGCCAUGCGCGAGCAAAGCAAGGGUGACUCUGCUGCUGAGAUCUACACCCGCAGUCUGCUCUGGGACAAGAUCGCCCCCGAGGUUGUCCACGAGUUCAAGCGUAUCGUCGAAGAGUCUGCUGCCAUGUCGCGCCCCGGUACAUCCGAGGGUACCAAGGUCGAGAACAUGGGCUAA